CACGACGUCUGUCGCCCGGGACACUUUACAGACGGCCAUCAUCAAGAAUGUGAUCACUGUGGUUCUCUGCAUCUCCAUCAACUAUGUCAACAGCACCCUGGUGCACACGUUCACAAAACACCAGGUUUUUAACAUGAACUCUCGCUACAUCCUCUACAUCCAUCUGGUGAUCAACGACAUCAUCCUCCUGACCAUGUUCACCCUCCUCCAAGUCCUCAGUUACAUCGUGUUCACGCUCAAUGUCUCCUUCUGUAUAUUUAUCCUGAUCGUUGCCGUUUAUGCGACCAUCAACAAUCCUCUAACGCUCGCCGUCAUGGCCGUUGAGUGCUACGUCGCCAUUUGCUUCCCUUUCCGACACACGCAGAUCUGCACGGUGAAGAAAACGUACGCAGUGAUCGGAGUGAUUUGGAUGCUGAGUUCAUUUUAUGUCCUGCCAGAUUUAUUUAUCGCCUUGGCCACAGAGUCUGUGGAAUUCUUCCAUUCCAGACUUUUCUGCCUCACAGAUAACGUUUUUAAACAUCCCGGUCGCAAAGAGAGGAGGCAAAUAUUCAACCUAGUGCUGAUGGUCGGUGUUUGGCUCACUCUGAUCUACACAUACUUCAGGAUCCUCGUCACCGCACAAGCAGCUGCUACAGACGCCAAGAAGGCGAGAAACACCGUGCUCCUACACUGCUUCCAGCUGCUGCUGUGUAUGCUCACCUAUGUUCAUUAUUCCAUCAUUGAAGGCCUGUUAUUCUUGUUCCCAAACGGGAUUCUGGCCAUUCGAUUCACCGUCUCCAUAUUCAUCCACGUUCUCCCACGACUCAUCAGUCCGGUGGUUUACGGGCUGCGAGACAAGACUUUCAGGAAGUACUUGAAAAACGAUCUGUUCUGUACGACGAGUUCUGACAUUCAACCACAAAAGAAAUCUUAA